AUGCGGACUUGUCUUCUCGGCUUAUUGCUCGUAGCAGCGUCGUUCGUCGAUGCAAAGAAAACCCACAAGAAGAAGGAUCUAGACGAACUUGAGAGCCUUCUCGAAAACAUCGACGAGGACCAAGAGACCGAAACUGCUGCGCCAACAAAGAAAGCUGCUGUGGUCAAGAACCCUUGCGAGGAUCACGUGUGUGGAUGGGGAAAGGAAUGUGUGGUCGGCAAGAAAAGUGAACCUCAUUGUGAGUGCAUCAGCAAGUGCCCCGAGCUGGAUGGAGAUCCAAUGGAUAAGGUGUGCGCCAACAACAACGAAACGUUCGUCUCGCUUUGUGACCUCUACCGUGAACGUUGUCUCUGCAAGAAGGGCUCAAAACAAUGCGUGAAGAAAUCGCACGCUAAGGUUCAUCUGGAAUACCUCGGUGAGUGCAAGCAACUGAGCGAAUGUACUGAUGAACUGAUGGCUCAGUUCCCCGAGCGCAUGGCUGACUGGCUCUUCCAAGUCAUGAAAGAGCUGAAGAAACGCCGUGAGCUUCAUAAGCUCGAGUGGGAGGAGCUUAUUCAGGAGGCUGAAGCUGACGAUGAAAAGAGACACGUAUACCCGGUUAUCUGGAAGUUCUGCGAUCUGGAUAUCAAGCCACACGACAAGGCUGUGUCUCACCACGAACUGAUCCCCAUCACUGCCCCUGUAAUUCCGAUGGAGUCCUGCAUCAAGCCAUUCUUGGAAGGAUGUGAUACUGACAACGACGGAACCAUCUCCAUUCAUGAAUGGGGCAAAUGCCUAGGAUUGAAGGAUGGUGAAAUCCAAGAACGCUGUUAG